AUGGUACAUGUACACAAGGGAGCUAAGAAGAAGGAUGCUGCGGCCUUGGGAAAGUUCCUUACCGAACAUACGGUCAAGGCAGAAAGACGAGGGCUGAGCCUCUUUAAGGUCAUUUUGACAGCAACAGUCACAGCCCUCCUGUCUUUUGGACUGUUCCAGUAUAUGGACACUCAGGUCCCGGAGGGGGUCACCGAGGUCUGGAGCGCUCGGAUACUGGACGCUGCGCUCAGGUUUAACGGCAAGGCAAUAUUGAGCCUUCACAACUUUGGUAUCACUGGUGGAGUGACGUGGUACACAAGGAAACUGGUAGACGUUGUCCUGACAACAAUGAUUACCGGAAGUCCGUUUGGAUUAGGAACAGAUUCAGAGUUGAAGAUCUAUGACACGGAGUUCGCUGGUGUAGGGGUCCGGGUGUAUGAACCAGUAAAAGGUCCACACACAGCACGCCCUGCCUUGGUGUAUUAUCAUGGCGGGGGCUGGUCUUGGCUGUCUGUCGAUGUGUAUGAUCAAGCAACACGGGAAUUGGCGAAAAGAGUGGGAAUGGUUGUAGUUUCUGUGGCGUAUAGACAGUCCCCGGAGCAUCCCCACCCAAUACCAUUUCAGGACUGUUUAGCAGUCACAGAACAUGUGAUCAACAAUGGUAAACAACUAGGAAUCGAUACUUCACGCGUAGCUAUUUCCGGAGACAGUGCGGGAGGACAUCUCACAGCCGCUGUAUCACUCCGCCUAAAAAAGAAAGUCAAAAUUCAAAUCCCAAUAUAUCCUUGUCUUCAGCUUUUAGACAUGAAAACACCGUCAUAUGUUGAGAAUAAGAACUUCGUCCCGGGGAUGUUAAACGAUGUGUCGAUGUUAACCUAUUGGUUGAACUAUGGAAACAUCAGUUACGACCACCUGGAAAAAAUCCUAACUAAUCAGCACACAUCUCCAGCGCUUAAAAAGUCCAAAUAUGCCAAAUAUAUUGAUAAAAGAUGGCUGAUGAAGGAACACAUACGAAAUCAAGACCUGUAUAAUGCAGAUAAACCGACAGACUUUGGAGACGAAGAAUUAUCGGCGAAUCUCGAAAAAACAAUUUUAGAUCCAUAUUUUUCACCACUGAUGGUGGAUGACAAAGAAAACGAGGACUUGCCUUUGACGUAUGUGUUAACGGCCGGAUAUGACGUAUUACGUGAUGACGGGUUGAUAUACUAUCAGCGCCUGAAGAAAGCUGGAGUUAAAGUACAUCUCGCUCACUACCCUGAAGGUUUCCAUGGGAUGAUAUUUUUCUUUAAAGGUCCUAUGCCAUUUCAAGUUGGAAUACGCGCAAUGGACGAUUUAGUAGAUUUUCUGCGAAAAAAACUGUAA